CAGUCCACCCCAGGGUGGAGAGGAGGAAAGGAGAAGGACGCGCGCUCCCAGGCUCGUGACCGCAGGCGGCGCAGGGACCGGGCGCGCAGAUAGCCUCGGAGAGAUGGCAGGCGGCGGGCACCGGCGCGUCCUGGGCGCCCUCCACCUGCUGCUGCUGGCCGCCCUGCCCCGGGCCACCGAGGGGACCAGUCGGGGCGCGGGCGCCACAGCCUGGACCCAGGAGAAGAAUGAUCACCAACCAGCCACUCUGAACUCAUCGUCUCUCCGGCGAGUUGCAGAAGGCACCAGUAUUUCUGAAAUGUGGCAAAAUGACUUACGGCCAUUGCUGAUAGAGCGAUACCCAGGAUCCCCUGGAAGCUAUGCGGCUCGCCAGCAUAUCAUGCAGAGAAUUCAGAGACUUCAAGCUGACUGGGUCUUGGAAGUAGACACUUUCUUGAGUCAGACACCUUACGGAUAUCGGUCUUUCUCAAAUAUCAUCAGCACCCUCAAUCCCACUGCUAAACGACACUUGGUACUUGCCUGUCACUACGACUCCAAGUAUUUUCCCCAUUGGGACAACAGGGUGUUUGUGGGAGCCACCGAUUCAGCCGUGCCGUGUGCGAUGAUGUUGGAACUAGCUCGUGCCUUAGACAAGCAACUCCUUUCCUUGAAGAAUGUUUCAGACUCCAAGCUGGAUCUGUCACUCCAGCUGAUUUUCUUUGACGGGGAAGAGGCUUUUCUUCACUGGUCUCCUCAAGACUCUCUGUAUGGAUCUCGGCACUUAGCUGCAAAGAUGGCAUCGACCCCACACCCACCUGGAGCGAGAAACACCAACCAGCUGCACAGCAUGGAUCUAUUGGUCUUAUUAGAUUUAAUUGGCGCUCCAAAUCCAACAUUUCCCAAUUUUUUCCCAAACUCUGCCCGAUGGUUUGAUAGACUUCAAGCAAUUGAACAUGAGCUCCAUGCAUUAGGUUUGCUCAAGGCUCAUUCUUUGGAGAGGCGGUAUUUCCAGAAUCAUGGUUUUGGAGGAGUGAUUCAGGAUGACCAUCUCCCAUUUUUAAGAAGAGGUGUUCCAAUUUUGCAUCUGAUAGCAUCUCCUUUCCCUGAAGUCUGGCAUACGAUGGAUGACAAUGAAGAAAAUUUGGAUGAAGCAACCAUUGACAAUCUAAACAAAAUUAUACAAGUCUUUGUGUUAGAAUAUUUGCAUUUGUAAUAUUCUCAUUAGUUCAUGGUAAUUGUAUCUAGUAUUGAAUUCAAAAGUCAAGGUACAAUUUAAAAUAAUCUGAUUCCAGACAAAUACUGUGUGGAAACUUCUACUCCAGAGAUUGGUUCUGUAGGUAGAUUUGAAUAUGUGAUUAAUAAAUCUUAGAUUUAUGUCAUGUCCUAAACUUCUUGUUAUUUUUUAUCUGGAGAUAAAAAAGGGAAGUAGAAGGAAAAUAGAAAAUACAUAUCUUUAAGGGAUUCCUUCAGCUAAGAAACUAUGAAGCUAAAUCAAAUUCAUAUAGUCAGUAUCAGGCUCUUCUAAAUUAUACUUAAAUAUUAUGGUGAUGUGCAAUAUGUAGCCUAAGUUUUAUGAUUUUUUUAAAUACUUGGGAAUUUAUUGCAUAUAAUACAAAACAGAGAUGUAGUUUGAAGAUUCUUGAAUUUCUUUGAGAAAUCUUUAUUUCCUGGAAAUUAAAUCAGAAUAAAAUGCCA